AUGAAUCAAUAUCAAACUUCAAACUAUAUUCGGUCUCUGGAAAAGAGAUCCUUGGUGGAUCGCAGUCUCGAGUUGCGCCGCCAGAGCGUCGAGGCGGCUUAUUAUUUCAAAUGGAGCUGCAUUAUCCUGUUGCUGCUGAUAGUUUUCAGAAUCGACAUAAUGGUGAUGGACCGAUCCUGCUGCCCCCAGUCCCGGUACAAGCUGGUAAACGUGGGAUCUAUGUUCCUAGCCUUCAGUUUCCUACUCUUUUUUAUAAAGUAUUUGCAUCUGGUUUUCAAGAGCAAGCCUGGGGUGGGUACUAAAGACCAGAAGCGUCUAUUGGAUGGCUUGGAUAGCAGCGGAAUUGAUACGAUUUUGGAUCUACCAAAUAUAAAGCCACCCAGCUGCAAGACAAUCGACACACUUAUUAUCAAAAGUACCACGUAUCCCAUGCCAUCUUAUGACUUAAGAGAUUUCGUUUUAAGGCAGAAAACCUCAGAGAUUCCAAAGCCCGUAGUAAAUCGAAUUGCUUGUCCCGAAGACUACCUCACCGAUCCUUGUCAGCUUCCAGCUCUCAUCAAACGAGCGAAGUGGGAACGCAGACUGUUGGAAGAAGAGAACCUAAAGGCAUCCCAGAUACUGAAUUGGGACCCUAAACAUCAGCUAAGGAACACUGUAUACGAGUUGUCGCCGCCGCCAGUAAGCAACAGAUCCAUAACUUAUGAAGAGUUUGGCACCGCACAUACUCAAAAAGUGAACUUCGAUCCAGCUCGAUUCUCCUCACCACAAAUGGUGCAAUAUGUGGUCAACUUGAGAUCAUGGAUACGAAACACCAUAGUGGGGCGUCUGGUUAGGGAGAUUGACUUUGUGAACAGUGUGUUCCAGCAACGGGGAUUCGUUGGCUUCGAGAUUGGUACUGUGAGUUAUGAUACCCUACGCCGGACUGUGGAGGGUCAGAGGAUUAUGCUGCCUGCGUUGCCCACGGUGCUGGCAUUCCUCAACCUUCCCGGGGACCAGCUGCAUCUGGUACGUCGCAUCCGGGAGCUGGAGAAAUACGUACCUGAUUCAUGGAACACAGGCUUACGUGUGCCCACCGAUGCAGCGAUUAUAUUCCACUUAUUUUGUGUUUAUCUGGACGCCCAGUUGAUGCCAUCUCUAGGAUACGGAUCGGAAUUCUCCUCCCGCUAUGUGGUCCAGGAUAACAAAAAAGAAUCCAUAAAGAACAUCAUCAGAACUGUGAAAAACGAUGCAAACUUUGCCUUUUUGGUAACCAAUGAUGAAGAUCAUAGAAGGCCACGUUUUGAUUAUAUCUGCGGUGGUGAACUGCAUCGGUGCUUUGACCAGAGAAGCAGUCCCUUUCAGGUGAUCAUUGAGUUCCUUAUGCACAUGCGUCAGCACCAGGAUUCGACUCUGGAGGGGAUCAGUAUGGCCAAGAGUGGUAUCAACAUCAUGUGGGUUAUAGGAGAGUCGUAG